GAGGGGCCGGUUGCCGUGCGCGCGGGAAGCGGCGGGGCGCGGGCGGCGCCGUUGCUAGGGUGCCGGUGAGGAAAGAGGCGGCGGCGGCGCCGGCGGAGGGGGGAGGGCGGCGCCAUGGCGUCGCUGGGGCUGAGCGAGCGGGAGCAAGCCGGCUGCCGUGACCUCCUGGAGUUCCUCGAGACCGAGGAGCUGAUGGCGCUGACCGACACCAUCACCAACCGCCUGGUGCACCCCGAGAGCCGCCAAGAAGCCAUUCAUGCAAUUUUGGUUUACAGUCAAAGUGCAGAAGAACUUUUGAAACGAAGGAAAAUCUAUCGAGAAAUAAUUUUUAAGUAUUUGGCAAUACAAGGAAUUCCAGUGCCUCCUUCCUCAGAGAAACACCAACUCAUUGAUCGUGCAAAGCAGUACUGGAAUGGGCAACUCACAGCCAGCUCCUCAAAAUUGGAGGGCAAAAAACCACACACAGGGAGUCAUGAGAAAAGCCAAAAGCUACCAAAUGAUGAUAUUCAUGAUCUAGGAGAAGAAUUCUGUCAGUGGUUCUUCGAACUCCUAAACUCUCAACAUCCCUUUGGUGUACAAUGUGAAGAAACAUGGGGACCACAGCAUUUUUGGGAGGAUGCCAAAAUGAAAUUCUGUUACAAUACAUUAGAAAAAAACAUGGAAGAAUAUGUUGGUGCAGAAAUGGUGAGCCUUCGUCUGCUCUCGUUGGUUAAAGAAGAAUACCUUCUGUUGAAUCCCAAUCUGAAUGCUGAUGGACUGAAAUGUACAAUGUCUCCACAUGGGUUAGUGCUUGUAGCAGUAGCUGGUACAGUACAUAGAGGCAACACUUGUUUGGGUGUCUUUGAACAAAUUUUUGGACUCAUCCGCUGUCCAAUUAGAGAGAACACCUGGAAAAUAAAAUUUGUGAAUCUUAAAAUAGUUGGACAGAAUGCUCUGGAGCCUGGGAAACGAAUUGAAAGGCCGUCCAUAAAAUAUGAGUCAAACCAACUGCAGGCAUUGUAUGAUGGGAAAGAACUGAGUCUGACCGAACUUCAGAAAUUCUGAGCAAUUCCUUCAGAAUUGAGAGACUGCAGGAAAAAACACAGGGCAUGUGUAGUGCAUCCUUAAAUAUGGAAAUGAUUGCAGCCAUGUGAUGUUGUCUCUUUCUUGAUUCAGAUUUACUAACUGGAUGGCAAACUGAGAUACCGAGUAUAAAAUGUUAUAUAGUAUUUUGGGCACCUUUCCAACAGGUAACAAAUACUUCAGAAUGUUUCUUUAAUUUUUGUAAGUGUAUUUAGGAAUGGGAUUACUUUGGUUAUUCUUGAUUAUAAAACACGGUUAUGUUUAAAUGUGCCAUGGCAGCAGUGUAUGAUGAACUCAAGGACUUGGGGUCCACGAGUUGUAGGUUGCUUCUCUUCAGGUCACCAGUUUAAAUUCUUAUCUAAAUUGUAACAGAAAGUCAUUGCAAUCUGGCUUGGUGAAAUUGGGAUUAUUGAGUGUCUUAAUGGACUACUACAUCCCAAGAAAACCAGCUGUCAUUUUGGGAGGUUUUGGAGAGAACAGACAAAAUAAUGUGAAUGGAGACUACUUCUAUUUAUGCUCUAAAUGCAUUUCCUUUACUGAACAAUAGAAGUAGUUUAAUGGGACAAUGUAGAGUAGUUAGCACUGUUGAAGCCUUUUUCUUUUUAGACUGAUAGCUUCCCUUUCUUUUACCUUACAGUAUCAACUUUGCAAUCAAUUCAGACAAACUCUUCUUCCAGCUAUAUCCCCAAGCAGGCAAAUUUGAAAUGGUUGCCCAGGCACUCAUUUCUAGCACUAGAUUAAGUACUUAACUUCAGGACUUAAUGCAGCAAUGUUGGAAACAAAUGUUUUGAUAAUUAUUUUGUAGAUACUUGCAACAGAGUUUCUAAUAUAAUAGUUAUGAUUCUUGUAUGGUUUCUCAAAAUAAGUAUUUUAUCUAGUCAUAGCUGCUUUAUUACAUUAGGUAGAAGUCAAUUUGGUAGCACUAGCAAGUUACAACUAGAGCUGAUUUAAAAAAAAAUAUCAUUACUGAAAUUAAUGUUGUUAUGGAACUUGAGUACUUUCUAAAAUUCACUUUUUAUAAAUGUUUAAAGAUGUGACAGUAGAUGAAAGAACUUUUUUUUUCAGUGGCUUGUUGGGUUAUUCAUUUUUUCUUUUGCUAUAAUUUUACAGCUUCACUAAUACAAGCUGUGAAAAUGGGAACAUUUCCCGUAACAUGGAGACAGUUCUUUUGUUUUUGAUGUAUUUGUCAAAGAAGAAGCCAACACUGGUAAAAUUGCGGUUGGGUGAGGGGAAACGAGAAGAUUCAAGUAUGUGGUAUACCUGAAAUGUCCAGAACUGAUCUUUUCAUGAACAGUCUGAAUCUCAAGUUCUCUUUGAUAAUUUUUUAAUAAUUUAUUUUCUAAACAAAGGUUCACAUUCUGAGUUAGAAUGUUCUUUCCUGAUAAACUUUUGAGGUAUGACGUUAUCGGCUACUAAUUUAUAAUAAACACAGAAGAAGCAGGUUCCUUGUGUGUGUUGAGAAUUGCGUUCCUCUUCAUUUGAGGACAAAGGCCUUGAACAGGCAUCUUUUCAACAUUCAGUGUGCAAGUCUUUAAUUAAAAGUAAAUAUAUUGCCUUUUACACAACCGCACUUUGUAACUGACACUAAUGGUUACUGCAGACAAUGUGUUGAGUAUGAACAUGACUAAGGGUGUAGUUUUCAUUAUUGCUUUAAGGUGAUCUGAUGUGAGCCAUCUCAUUCCUCCAGUCAGUUGGGACUGCUCCAAAGGAAAACUAACUGAUCAACAGAAACCUUUCAGGCUGCUUAGCUCCAAAACAAGGCUGGCCACACAAGUGCUUGUGCCACCUUAAGAAACAGAGAUAAGAAUUUUCCAUUCUGUGAAAUUCAAAACAAGUUAUCAAACGAUUACAUUCAUUACAUUCAAAGUGUUCGUGCUUGAUAACCUUAAAAUAAUGUAUGUGGGAAGCAGCUUGGCAAAUCUGCUUUUUACUAAAGCUGUUACCUAAUGAAGCUUUCCUGCACUAGGUGUGCAAUUUUUUUUAAUGUUAAACUGCAACAGCCUUACGACCUCUGACUAUGUGGGUCUCUAUUCUGUUGCAGAGCAAAGUAGGUGCUGUGUGAUUUACUGAUAACCUGUUGCUGUUCUUGCAGUGCUGAUAAAGCUAGUAAGAACCCGCAAAUGUUAGUCUGUGCUCAUUAACUGCUGAAUGCUAACUGCAUUUUGCAAUAGCUAAUUUUGGUAAGUGCUUGUCAGUUACUACAAAUUGCAGUUACCAUGCAGCAACUGAUCUGCAGUUAUCCCAGGCAGCUGCUGCAAACUGUAGGAAACAGUGCAGUGCCUGUUCUUUACAGUCUCACCACCUGAAUAUUUGGUAGACACUGACAUCAACUGAUGCUGAGUAAUUGUGGUUUUUCAGUUAACUGCUAUGACUUUUUACCCUGUGAUACUCCUUCCUCUUUUUCUCCCAGGCCUGUAUUCCCUCUUUUGAGAGCGUACUCAUCUCUUCUAAUGCUUUUUUUUUUUUUCCAAUUUGGAAAAAAGGAGUGCCAGUUCUAUAAUGAUUCUUCAGACUCUCCAUCUUGCAAGGAGGCAGGACUGUGUUUAGAAAGAUGCUGCCCAGCCAGUCAGCACUGGCUGACCCAUUUGUACCCUGUUUGUGUGGGAGGCAGAGAGGUGGUGAUGCCUCUGCGCCUUGGUGUUUCAUUUACUUAGAAGCAUACUUGUUUUGUGCCAGCUGAGAUUGUGAGGUCAUAUUUGUUCUACGGCACCAUAGGAUGUCACAGUCCUUUUUCCGGUGAUCAGAUGAUUAUUUAUAAUUCAUAUCCUUAGUGAAAGUUCAAAAUUCAUGUCAUCUUUGAAACUUCUGAAGAAUAGAAAAACACUAACUGCAGAGUAAAUUUGAGAAGCUACUUUUAGUUUAACCUUGAAUUUGAGGAAAAAAAUUAGGACUUGUUUAAAUGGAACAUGAUUGAAAAACAUUGCUUGAGAUAAUUUAUCUGAAGUGAUUUCAUCACUCCCUGUAGAUGCUGCUGUUCCUAGCUGAAGUAGUUUUGAAUUGGUUUGCCCUUGGAAAUAAUGGUCACGUUAGUUAGGGAUUUCAAACAAUGAAAUGAAACUUGUUUAAAACUAAUGUCCUCGAUUUUCCUGUGCAUAUCUAUUUUGUCAAGGCUCAAGACAACUAUUUAUCUUUAGUAACAGUUUUUUAUGUCUAUCACUGCUACUUAAGUUGCAAAGCUAAGUUUGUAUUUCCUAGAUCUCUCUCUGAAAAAUAAUUUGAUGGUAAGUAAAAUACUGACUUGCAGUAAAGUUGGUGGGACUUGCUGAAUUGUACAAAUGUUGAACAGUGGAAAUCAUGACUGACUGUUGUAUUCAGCACACCAGAUUGAUUUUUUUUUUAAUCUCUACAAUUGUAAGAUUGAAUGUCUUAAAGCAAUAUAUGAGCAGAAAUUAUGUGAUUAUGCAAACCAGCUGCCUUGCAGCAGGUUAUGCAGCAUUGGUUCAGCUGUGUGUACUCUCCAUAUUCGCCAUACAUAGAAGAGGAAAGAUGAUCACUAAGAGACCUUGCACAAAAUAUUAAACAAUUUCUGACUUGUCA